UGAAGACUAAUGCGAAUUCAGCAACAGUUCAAAUUCCUGCAAAUGGUGUUUGGUGGGCUUGGUCUAACACAGCUUCUUCUGCUCAUCGCAAUUCAGCUUCACUUAACAGUAAUUGUGGAUCUCCUCUCAGCAUUUCAAUUAAUGAUCCAUAUCCAAGUUCUAACGCUUCCCAAUUUAAAAUGUACGUAUGGGAAUAUAAAUCCAAAACUGCGCCUGAAAGUAUUGGAACCGAUUUUCCUUCGCUCGAAAAUUCUUGUCCAAGUUUACCAUGUAAUAGUGGUUAUGAAAUUUCAAGUAAUCAAUAUUAUUUUGUUAUGGCGAUAAAGAAUCUUAACUCUCAAUCAGUUAAUGUAACUUUUAAUGUCUUAUGGGAUAUUCAAUGUGAUAGUACCCCUUCAAAUUCCACUUCAAAUUCUGAGAAUACUAAUAAUAACCCCGGUCAAUCUAAAAAAAGUGAUGGUUCUA